UCCUUUCCUUUCCUUUCCUUUCCUUUCCUUUCCUUUCCUUUCCUCCCCCCGCCUUUAAUUAAUCUCUUCCUUUCUCUCUUCCCUUUCUUCCUUCCCCUUUAUGCAAAACUCACCGUACGUGUCAGGGACUAACUUACACUAACUUCUAUGCCAAGUGUAUGAUUUCCUAAUCAAGUCUUCUGGUUGCCUGCGGACCCUACUGACUGGCUCCCUUCCGACAAACUGCAUUUGUGGAAUUACAACCCUUUCCCCUAAAGGCCGCCCCGCCAGGCUGCCGCUUCCGCCCUCGCCCCAGUCCUGACGUCACCGCUGGUGGCGGGAGCAGGCCCCGCCCCAGUCCUGACGUCACCGCCGGUGGCGGGCGCAGGCCCCGCCCCAGUCCUGACGUCACCGCCGGUGGCGGGCGCAGGCCCCGCCCCGCUGCCGCCGCGUCCGGGAGCCCCACGCGGUGCUCGGCCAACUGCCCGAGAUGGAAAUGUCAGAAGAUGAUAAUAACAUGGAAGAAUACCCCACUGAAAUUCAUGAUUAUCUUACAGCAUUUGAAAAGUCUCUUGGUUCUGUAGAUGAGAUGCUGAAGACAAUGAUGUCAGUUUCUAGGAGUGAGCUUUUGCAAAAGUUAGAUCCUCUUGAGCAAGCAAAGCUGGAUUUGGUUUCAGUGUACACGUUAAAUUCUAUGUUCUGGGUAUACUUGGCUACCCAGGGAAUCAAUCCAAAGGAACAUCCAGUGAAACAAGAACUGGAGAGAAUAAGAACAUAUAUGAACAAGGUCAAAGAAAUAACAGACAAGAAAAAGGCAUCCAAACUCGAUAAAGGAGCUGCUUCUAGAUUUGUAAAAAAUGCACUCUGGGAACCAAAUGCAGCAAAUGAACAUACUUCCAAAACUCCUGCUAAAGGAAAAAAGCUACAGAGGGACUGAAUCUUUUUUUCCCCUCAUAGGAAUUGCAGACACCUAGAACUUACCUGGAAAUGUUUUGUAUACUGCAUACAUCUCAUAGAAGUGCUGUAUAACAGGUUAAUUUAUACUCAUGAACUUUACAGGAUUGUAUUUUGUCCAGAACACUUGUCACUGAGGUGGUCACAUUUAAUGUUUAUCUAAAAGUGCCAUUUGAUGCACAUUUGACACUUCAUUUCUCAAUGAUAAUGACCUGACAUAUACUUGCUGGUAACUAGUGAUGUUUUGUUUAUAAUGCCUAUGAUUUCAAUUUUUUUAAUGAUUUAUUGACACUUUUUUAUGUCGUCAACCUCCUCAAUAUUAAAAAGUUUCAAACACUGCUCUCCGGUUUGUGGAUUUUAUGAAAGAGCAUUGUGUGAAAUGCCAUAUUUGUAAAGUUUUGUAUGGUUUAUUCACUGUAUUAAACUCUUCAGCCUUUCAGCUUGAA